GAAGGAACAUGCCACCUCCAGGGUCAGGAAUGUGAUUUAUCUGUACUUGCCUGGAGACCUUCAGGAGCUGGUCUGCUGUUCUGAUUUUUUUCCACCAUGAUUCCUUUCAGCCUUUCAGAAAAAAUGGCUGAUUUGAUUAGAUGAACACUUCUGUAGUACAAAUCAGAAAGGAAGAGGGUGCUUAGCUUCUUUCUGAAGCAGGAGUUUUAGUUUCCAAAUGAAAAACUUUCUUAGCAUGAUAAAAAUAGAGAAUUACUUUAUGGGGAAAGUACUUGCUUCCCUCCUGGCUCUGCUGGGCAGCCUUCAGCAGGGAGGAAGUGGGGAAAUUACCCUCAGCUCCCUUGGACCACAACCCGUCCUAGUGGUUUUCCAGUGGAGUAACUAGAGUGACACCAGAGCUGUGCUUUAGUUCUUCAAAGUUAAGGGAUAAAUGACUCCAUAUGAAAAUUGAAUUUUAAAUCCUGCCAGGCAUGAUGUCCCCUCCCUGUAGGACCUGCGGCCCAUGUGGCACUGCAUCAUGAAGCACAGGCCAUGUUGGAUGGUGAGAUUCCUCACGUUGGGGUGCUCAGUCCAGCUAAGCAGCAUGGAUAGCUGUGAUCACCACUCACAUCAGUCAGUUAGCAACUUUUAUAUUUGGAGAAAUAACUGCAUAAGAAAUAGUGGCCUCGCAUAGAAUUCUGGGCCUUUCUGCCAGGGGAGGGGCAACUAUUCGAUGAUUUUGUAGAAAAUAAAUUAUCUUGGCCUUUAUUCUGGUCCCUAAAUUCAUUUUCGACUGUGACAAGAGUCAAGAUUUAAGCCUGGGUUUCCCCAAGUAAAAUGCAGUUAAUUAGCCCACUCCAUCAUGCAGCCUUCUCUGUUAACAAAGGCAGUGUACUCAGCCAGACAGCUCUUGCUCACAAGUGAUGCUCACCUUUUGUAUGGCAGAGUGUGCUUGCUCCAGAGCCUGGAGUCCUUGUUUGCAUCCCUUUUCAGCAGUGCUUCUUAACCCCUCUGUGCAGCCCCAUUGUAGUGCUGCCUGUCUCCAGUUGAGAGACUGCUGGCACCAGGAUGUGUUUAAGUUUGAAUGAUGGUUUGUGUCACUGGUAGUGGCUGUGGAGCUUUACCAAGGUCAGACACUGCUGCAGGGUAAAGGGGAGAAGAGGGUUUCUACCCUGAGGAGCUUGUAGCCCUCAGGGUGAUGUGACAUUAGUGUUAUUAGCUGUAAAUUGGGAAUGGGGUUCAAGCAAUAUUGGGGGGGCAAAGUGAGACAGUUAAAACAGCUUGGUUUCUGAGCUGGAAGAAGGAUGUAUGAUCCAUUGUCUGGGGUCCUGGCUUGCUGUUCUCACCAGACCAGAUCUCACACUGAUAAGCUGGAGCUCAGCACCAAAUGCUGCUGUGGUGGAUCAGGUGUGGGGAAAUAAACCAGCAAGGUUGUGGGGGACUCUGCUGCACUGCUCCUGGCAAUCAGGGGAUGUGUUAGAAAUUUUUGAUUGUCAUCUCCCCACUGAUUUGGGUUCAGAGGCUGGGGUGAGGCAGGGUGCUUCCUGAGCAGGGCAGGCUGUUGACAAGUUUUCUUAACUGGCCACUGACCUCAGGUAGAUCACUUAAUUCUGUUCUUCUGCAAAGGAGUUGCUUGGGUUGAAUGUCAAGAACUUUGAGUUUUGCAGUAUCAUGAUACUGUACAGUUUCAAAAUACUAUUUUUCUUCCUUGUGUGAAUAUCUAAAUUUGACUGUGCACCUGCAGUGUUACAGGAUUUAAUAAACUGGGGAGAGGGACAAUCCUUAGUUUAGGUAUAGCUAUUGGCUGUAGUCUGUAAAAAUGUGUCUGCAAUUUAAAAAACAUAGGGAAUUAUUUUCAGAUCCUGUAAUCUAUUUAAAUGCAGGCUCUUCAGUAUUUGGCUGCUUCCUGAAGACUGCACUCACUGAUAUUGUAAUCCAGAGCCUGUGUGUGCAGGCAGUGCCAUGUGGUUGAAAGCAAUCCUUGCACAAAAAAUCAUCUGUAUGUAGAUACUAGAAUGUGAACAGUGAUGUCUGUGUGAGUGGAUAGCAGGUCACGACCCCCUGAAAAUAGAAACAUAUUGAUGUUGUUAGCAAAAGCUGUGGAGCAUGUUUUCCUUGAAAAUUGUUAUUCAAUGUUGUUCUUGCUGUCUUUUGAAUUAAACAUACUGUAAGAGUUAGUUUGCUGGAAUUUUGACUGUUCUGGAGCACUGUGUAUUGGGUAGUUAUUAUUAACAGCCAGAGAAGGUAGCAUGACCUACUGAACAGACAGCAAGAUGCAUAGACACUAGCAGCAGGGAAAUCUAAGACAAUGCAUGGAAAAAUAUGUACAAGGUAAAACUUGUGAAGCCAGCCCUUAUGCAGCAAAUAAAGCAAGGUCUCGCUGACCUUGGCAGCUGUACAGGGCAGUCUUUGCAUAAGAAUGACUUGUGCUUAAUAUGCUAGAGAAAUUAUUCAGGGACAAAUAUUCCUGUUUUCUGCAGUACUGAGGACAAUGUCAUCUUCCAUCUCCAGUCACAACACAAACACAAAUACAUUGCAGAUGGGGUACAAGGAGGACCUGACCCUCCUCGAGCACAGCCAGUUCUGCUUCCCAUGGCCUAGAGAAAGAUAUUUGGUGCUGUUCUCCUGGCAAAGCUGGAUCCAGUGCCUUAGAGCAGCCACCUUUGAGACUGGCAGUGGCUGGAAAGAAAGGCAGCAUGAUGGGUGUCUUCCUUAAUUAGUCCGUGCAGUUUGUGUCUGCUAAUAAGAGAUCUGCUAGAUUCGGAGAUCAGAGGGGCACUUUGCUCUUGCUGUUGUGCUGUGUGGAGGCAAACAGGGGGAGCAGACCUGCAGGCUGGUUAAAUGCCAGGAGAUAACCGAGCCAGUCAGGCAUUUCCUGUGGCCCAGGGCUUGCAUGCAGCUCUUGGACAGGCUAAGCCCAGCUCACCCACUGUUUGGAGUGAGCAGGAAUUACAGUGGAGCCUGUACUUCGUGGGUCCCUGCUUCAGAGCCCUCCAGCCAAGGUGGGAGUGGGACAGGUGGAUGUUGAGCUGGCUGGAGUCUCUGCUUUCCACGUCGUGGGGCCAGGCCAGUCCCCAUGCCACCACCAUGGCCAGGUCUGUACCUGUACAUCUCCUCCGGCGGUGAUGCUUACUAAACCUUGCUACUUACUCAUUACUGCUGUUUCUCAUGACUUUUCCCUUUUCCUUCCUCUUCCACUGGAUAGAUCAGCCCUGUAAAUGUCCAUGUUUAAGAGCAAAGCUGUCUUGAGUGUUUGGCAGAGCAGGGUCUCCAAGGUCUCUCUAUCAGGAGAGGGCCAGAGAUGGUGUUUGUUGAUAUUGAUCAUGGGAAAUGUAAUUAAUGCGGGUAUAAAGUGUUAAAUGUUAAAUUAAAAUGUGAGAUUUAAAGGCAGUCAAUAGAUCAAUUCUGAGGCUGGGAUGAAAUGCUCAGACUUACAAACAAUAAUCAGAUUUCCGAUAAAAUCUCACUGUGUGUAAUUAGAGGGGUUGAAAUACUAAAUCAGGUAUUAAGGGAGUGAUAUUUAGAUUAUGUUGAAAGAACAAAGAUCCAGACAAAAAGAGCCCUCCUGUCUGCAGGCAGAGCUCAGACUGGGCAGAAAUGGUGUGGAGCUGGGGGAUGUGCUGAUCUAGCAAUUAAAACUGCCAAGAGAGGAGAGUGAUGGGAAAACUGCACAAAUGUAGAAUGCUGAACAUGUGCCUGGAUGGAAACAAGACCAUUUGGACCUCAUAGCUCUCUUGUAGUCUGAUAACACUUCUAAGACCUUGGUCCAUCCACAUGCACAGAUGUUGACAUCUGAUGUGGUCUUGGUGAGCCUUCCAGAGGAGUGAGGACAACAUGUUAAAAUCGACCCCAGCAGGAAGUACUGCCAUAAAAAACACUUCCCAAGAGUUAAAAAUACUAGUUACCAACUGCCACCACAUUUCAGUGGUAUUCCAGCUAGUCAAGAAGAGCAAAGGCAUGCAGUUGAUAUUUUGCUAAGGGUAACGAUUUAAGGAGUGGGGCAAAGUUAGGCUCAGUGUCCUAGGGCACAUGGCAUUUCCAGGGCAUUUCUUUGAAAUUUAUAUUUUGUUCUAUAAUCCACAAAAAAGUAAGCAGAAAAGAGUCCAGAGUAACCAACUCCCUAGUUUAAAUGGCCUAUGAGUAAUGAUACCAAAUAAGUUCUGCUUUAGGAGCAGCAUCAUGCUUUGCUCUUCCAGUCAUCUUAAUUUUCUGAUGCUGCAAGCUGUGCAGGAGCUGUGCAGGAAACAUACAUUCCCUGAAUAUGUAUAUUUGCUUUCAUCCCUAAAGGGAUAAUUCAGAAUAUGGGACAGGCAUAGUAUUUACUGUGGGCACUGCACCUGUCAAGGUAACAUUACUAUGGAAUGGAGGGUAAAAACCACUUCUCUGCUAGAUAAAAUGGAUAAACUGGCUCAUUAGCUCUGGGCACUUACUUGCUAACCUUGUCCUCUACCUGUGAUGUGAUUAUUUGUGAAGAUGUAGCUGUAAGGCUCUCCAGAGCCUUGAAAGUUCCAUGUUUUAAGAGUAUCUUCUCAUCUUCUCAUUUUGUUUUAUAAUCCUGGUGCAGCCUCUGCUGGGCAGUUCCAGAGGUUGAGAUGCUGUCCAUGGCUGUGAUGUAACCCCACCCAGCUGCUCAUCAGUGCCUUGGCAAUGCUUUGAGGUUUUUAUUGCUUAACUGCAAGCCCUGCCUUAGCCAUGAGUUGAGCCAGGCUUCUGCUCACCUUGCUCCUUGCAGAGCAGAUGCUGAAGAGCAAAUAGAGCGGUUUCAGCAGUGGAGAACUCUUUUGAGCUUUUAAAUAAAGGUCUCUGAAAUUUCCACCGUGGUGGGGCUGGGCUGAGGUAACCUGAUCUUUGGAAAAGCGCCUUUGAGCUGUAGUUUACAGAAGGGCUUCUUGAUUAACAAAGACUGAAUGCGGGUUAGUUAAACUGUAGCCAUUGUAUUCAAGGUCACUGUUAAUUUUUUUAAUUGCAAGCUUUCUCCCAAGUCUGGGGUUGGAAAUGAGACUUGCUGUGUCAAGCUCCCAGAAAGGGUUGGAAAUUGUGGCAUUUCAUCCUGCAAUUACUCUGUUUCACUCUGCCCCUUCCCUUUAUCUAAGAGGAAAAUAAGCUUUGUAAAGUGCUGUACAUAGAUUUUAAGUUCGUUGCUGAUACUAGAAGCCCCAAAAAGCAUGUGUCUCUGGGAAGAGACUGAUGCUCAGUCUAUGGCAUAUCAUAAAGCCAGCCAGGGGAAGGGCAGGGACAUCACAAGGGCAUGCCUGUGGCUAGAGACUUACAGGAGGUCUUUCCCUUCCCACCAGUCAUAGUGGAGCUCUGGAGGUCCUUGCCAGAAGGGAAACAGUGGCAUGCUUAAGGAGUCCUCAGAAGGAGUGGGAGGCUGGAGCACCAGGAUGGGAGAUUGUGUAUCUCAGCUGUGCUGUUACUGCUGGGCAUCUGUGGGGGCUGCUGGAUCAUUUUCACCAGCUGUAGCCCCACUGGAAGGAGGUCAUUCCUCCACACUCCUGCUGCUCCUGCCUUCUUUGCCCACACCUGCCUGUGGACAGGAGCAGAGGAAGGACCCACAAACAGCUCACCACUCUGAAACAUGCUGUUUGAGGGCUUGCAUACUGAAAGGGAAGUCCAGCCUCUCGUGACUCCCUGUCAAGGAGCAUUUUCUUGCUCUCCCUGAACCAUUCCUGAGCUUCUGAUUCCAGUCUUUUGGGUUGUUUCCACCUAUAUAUUCAGCACAAGGAGGAAGCCUGCAGCACUUGACAGCACAGGAAAGGUGAAAGAGUGCUUUAUGCCUGGUCCUGCACACAUUCCCCCUAAAGAGUUUUCCCUUACUCCUUUCCUAGACAGAAUAUCAGGAGGCAGAACAGAGAUUCUAGUCUCUGGUCUUCUCAAAUGCCUCAAUGUUCCCUCAAUAAUACUCCCCUGAGUUGAUGCUGUCCUUGCACGUUUUUAAGGUGAAACUCCUUGCAGUCUCAUUCCUAGCAGGCAGAGUUGGCUGCUCCUGCACUUGAGCUGUGGUGAUCCUGGCAGAGCAGCGUCUGCAUGGUGCGUGUGGCGAGUCCCAGUUCUGUUUUUUGUGACCUGAAUGCAUGGAACAGCUUGUUCUCUGCUGUCUGUUAACCCUUGGAAAGACACUUCCUCUUGUGCUCCUUCGUUCUGCAUUGGCAGUGCUCAGCAGGGUCAGCUCUGCACUUCGGGUUUGAGGGCAGAGCCUGUGAGGGAGUUAAUUGCUGAGUGAUGAUGGCUCUCUCCAGCUGAAGGUCUGCUCCCAUGAGCUAUUUAAGCCUCUGUUUCUUGUAUCUCUGUGCCAAUCAGAUUAGCUGAUGCCAGGAAACAGACCACAGCCUGCUUGCUCUUGAAUGCACCCUUUUUCCUCCUUACCUGUUUAUCCCAGUCAAGCCCCUUUCCGCUCUGCCCCGGUUCUUUAAUUUAGCUUUGUUCCUUCCUUUUCAUUUUCACAGCCUUACUCUGGCCCAUCUUGUCUCCCUGAGGUUGCCUCUCUGGGUUUUGACAUCCAGCCCUAACAACAGUCAGUCCUGUUUCCUGUCAUGGUCAUGACUGCUCUCUUUGCAGAGCCAUGUGCCCCUCUGCACUUCUGCAUUGAGCUUUUAGUGCACUUGAUUCCCUCCAUGUUUACCCUGUUGUAACUUGAAUUCCCUUUAAAUUGCAGUAGAGAGAUCCACAGGUCAGUGGAGCUGCUGAAGGGGCUCAUCUUCCCAGGGAAUCAGGUUGGGGAAGGGAGUGUGGCUGAGAACUGCCCCUCAGUCAUUUCCCAGGGCGGCUGCCACCCUGCUGUCUGUGCACCCCCAGGCACCACUCUGCUCUUCUCCCAGCUGGACCCCUCCACUCAGUCACUGAUUUUGGCAAGGGAUUUGUUGUUGCAAAAAAAAAACCCAAAAAGCUCUAAACCCCCUCAGGCUCACAGUACCAAGCGUUCCAGCCUGGCCCUCUGUGCCAAAACAGGCCCAUCCCCUGCCUGUUGUGAGGCCCCACCUUUAUCCUUCUUCUAAAAAUAAAACGCAAUGACAUUCCUUCCUAGUUACUCUGUUCUCUUAUUCUGACCUCAUUAGACUUUCCCAAUAGAAAAUUUCAUUGAACUCCUCUAUUAGUGGUGAAAACAAACAAGACCAUUGGACUUCCUCUGGAAAAAAUGCAUCUAUAUAAGAGGGAAUUGCAGGGAGCCAAAUUUCCACUGCUGAGUUUGUGCUGUACACAUAUGUUCCCUCGUAUGCGUUUAGUAAACAAAGUUGUCUUCACACUAAGAAGAAUUUAAAACAAUUUAUCCUUUAUAUCUGAUUUCCCCCCCUUGUUGGAAAAGGAUUGCUUCUGUAAUAUUAUAAGGAGCAAAGUACUGUUAGCUGGGGUUGCAAGAAAAGCCUCUUUUUUCCAGACCCUCUGAGCUAAGUAUAUUUUGAGGCUUAUGUAUGUGCGUGUACAUAGGAAUGAUAGCCAGGUGAUGGAUUGCUAAGCCACAUCAUAAAUUCAGUUUGUUGGACAGCUCUGAUUACCUCCUCUGCACUCUGCCCGUAAUCAUUCUCCUUCAAACAUCCUUCUAAUGUUCUUAACAACAGCCAAUUAAAGCAAAGACUUCACUUGCCAUCUAUCCCCUCUUCCCUCUGCCAUCACCCAAGCUCUUUCUCUUGGGUGGGGGGACAGAAGUGCAUUAAUGGAUAGUGGUUCAGUGUGUGUGCUCAAGGUUUAAUGGAAUAUAUCCCUACUUGGGAUUUUUUUGCCAACUUCUUUAAAAUUCAACCUAAUUUUUGGAGACAAACACCCAUCUAGGCAGGGCUGGGUGCUUGUGUGUUUGCAUGUGGCUGGGAGCUGCAGACUGCUGGCAGGAAGAGUGGGCCACAUGGAAGACACUGUUCAUCUGUACAUCUGCCCACCUUCUUGGGCUCCUGGUUUUGAUUCAGAGGUUUCAUGCUGAUUCAGAUGCUUUCUGAAGAAAAACAUGGCCAUGGGCAUUAAGGGGGAAUUGAAAAUAAUUCAGGUCACUAAGACUUCCAGGGGGAGAGGAGUUACAGGUUGUGGUGUUACAGAUGCAGGAGGGUAAUGAGAUAAUUGAAGAUCUGAGGAUUUCAGUUGGUGUCAAUGACUCAGGCAUGUAAGGGAAAACAGGAUAUUCAGUCCCUGAAAAGUUGAUUCAUCCACCUGGCAGUAAGAUGAAGAGUAAUGAAUAACAGAUUUUGGGGUGCAUGGAAGGCAGGAGAGGCCAACACUAACUCUGAAUGGUUUGGGAAGUGCCUCAAGGGUGAUUUUGACUUCCUCUUGCUUUUUUUAGGGCUUAGCUGUGCUGGCUUCUCUCUGCAUGCACUCCUAAACCCUGUUUCCCACACGGGCACUGGACAGAGAAUAGAGUGGGUGGUGCUUGGUGCCAAAGUAUGCUGCCAGAACUAGCCCUUACACCUUUAGGUGCCUUUUGGUUUGGCUGCUGCCCUGUAAGUAUGACAGCAGUGCCUCCCUUGCACGCUGGGAGGGUGUUUGCUGCUGCGCAAGCAGGAUUGGAAUUGUUGGAUGUGCCUUUCAUCCUGUUGCAGCCUGCUGGAUUAAUGGGGCAGAUCUCUGUGCGUGUGCAUGCUUUCUGCUCUCUCUUUAUCCUGCUUCAUUCUGUAAUGGCUGUGGGGUCUGAAACAGAUCUGUUCAUCUGGUGCUUGUGCAGCCUUUACCGCAGCAGUUUCUUAAUGCCUGGUUGCAGUUCCUGCCUUUUAUCUGCCAGACAUCACUGAGAGGUGGGGAAGUAACAACCCCCGUUUGCAGAGGGAUUAAGUGACUUGUCACUUGUGGCACCUGUGGCUGUGUUUGAGCCCCUGUUUCCAGGGUCUCAGUAGAGCAUCUUUCCUGUCAAAAUGAUGACUACCUGGGCAAUGAUAAUGCCUUUGGGGUUUGGGACUAGGUUGGUCUGGAUUUUCAAUGGUAUAUGGAAGUGGAAAAUAUACUCUCAAUUGCCACUAUGUUUGGUUUUACUGCUUUCCUAUAUGUUCUAACUUCUUUAUUUUAAUUCUGAAAGAAAAUAUUUCAAAUACAUUGGAUGCUUUUGUUACCAGCCUUUCAGUCUCCUUCUGUCAUUGUGUAUUUGAUUUACAACCUGAGGAUGCUGUUAGAGGUCUGAGUUGAGAAAUAAGUCAAGGCUUUACUUUUCUCAAGUCCUAAAUUGUUUGACAAAUGUAUUUUGAGUACCUUUGUGCUCAUGUAUUCCCUUCCAUGUAGCCCAUCAAUAGGUGUUUUCCCUGUUGUGCAUGAGUCCUCAUUUUUGACACAUCAUGUAACUCAGAUGGACUCAAAUGUAGGAGCACAAAGACUUUGGAGGCCUGCCCUGUGCGAAGGGGAAAAUUACUGUCUGGCCCAGAGCAGUGGCUUUGUGAUGACUGCAUUGUGUUCUGGUGUGCUGUGUUUGUACCAAGCUGGUUUGCUGCCAAGUUACUUAUGGCUUAUCCAAGCGCUCGGUACAAAGAAUGUUAAAAGAAAAACUUUUAUUGUUUUCUCUGAAUUCUUCCAGCUGAGAAAGAAUUCAAACCACAGUCCAAAUGCUGUCUCCUCUUUCUGCAGGCCUGUGGUGACCAGGUAGGGCAGUUAACAAUGAAGUGCCUUCAGCUGUAGUGUUUGUGUAGGAGCAUGUAUGUGCUUAUAGAAGAUAUAAUAUGGGACCUGCAAGGAAAGUGCCUUUUUGUUGGUGAAAAUCCUGUCUCUUUGAGCAGAAGGCUUUGUGAUUGAGAAGUCUGGAGUGGGAAUUUUCCAGGCACAAGUAUGUGUGCCUGGGCAGAGGUACCUAUGAUGCAUCAGACCUGGGUUGGUCUCCUCUGUGUAUAGAACACAUCUGAUACCUCCUGAAAGUCCCAGGCUGCCUCUGCAGCACAGUAAAUGGCUGAGCUGGGCGCCUGUUUCUGUUUUUCUCCUGCCUGACAGAGUAUAUUGCCUGUCUUGAGGGCUAGGAUCAUGCUUGGAGCUUAGGAGAUACCUGUAGGUCGUUCCUGUCAGCAGAAUCCUGGGAAGGGCAGUUGGGUAAAAGCAUUCCCUCCCCUCAGCUGUCCCAAACACAUGCAGGCACAUACCUGAUUGGCAAGGACCUUGGGGGUUUCUUGAACACUGAGUAGGAUAAUCAGAUAGAUUGUGGGAUACAUCUGCUUGAUCCUAUUUCUUACGAUUACGUGGUGGGGAACAAGCCUUAAUGAGCCUUGGCCUUUCCUGUCUUCUCUGUAAAUUUGUUUGACUCAAUUGAGCUCUCUUUGUGUGAGACAGCUCUCUUUGUGCUUGGAUAUGGAAGCAUCCACCUCUGAAGCUGGCUGUGCUUUGAGACGGGGUUUGGAUUAGCUGACCUCCAGAGAUCCCUGCCAACAAUUUUUUUUUCCCUUUUCUUUUGUGUUUGCAGCUGGUGUAAUUGUGGUCCUAACCCCUCCCAAGCGGUGCUGGCACUGGAGAGGAUUUUAGCACUGUUUCACAGCAAGUGCAGUAGCUGCUUCUGCACUGCAAGGAAAUGCUCCUUUCGGGUCAGCCACCCCGCUGGAAGGCGGGUCCCUGGCCCGUGGCACUCGGCGCUGGGAAGUUGCCUCAUAUGGGAGGCCAGAAGGGAUUUGCCAGGCAGGCCCUAAUAGAAGGGAGCAUCCUUCUCCAUGUGUCUGUUACUGGUGAUGGCUUUAAUCAAGCAGGGCUCCCACUUGGCUGCCUGGUCAGCAGAGCAUCCCCCAGAUCCCACAGGGGUGGGAUGGCAGUGGGUCACUAUCAGUCCUAGUAGUAGAGAGCUGGAGUAGGAAAGGGGUCUUGACCUCUAACUGGUUCCAAAUAAGCUGAUGGCAGAAAAUCAAAAGCCCAAAAGAACAGAAAUGUGCACGUGUGGUUAUUCUACACAACAAAUCUAUUUAGUGAAAGAGGGGGAAGUUCCCUUUGAAGCACCGCAAUGCACGCUGCCCUGGAACACCCUAUGGAAAGGUAUUUGUUCUGCCAAGGCACGUGUGUGGGUCCAGCACAGCAGCUUCUGUGACUUGGUUCAAAGACAAACAAAUAAACAAAAAAGCUCCUUAAACUGCAAUGUUUUUGUAGUGCAUUUUUGGCUUAGAAAUCCCCAGCAGAUAGUGAGAAAUAACUCCCAGCCGUUUGCCUGUGGAAGCAUUUUGGAACUAAUCCUGUAGGAGUGAAGGGGAGAGGAGUUCCCAGAACUUUGGUGGACAAGAACAGCUGAGGGUUCAGGAAGAAGGAAAACGGACUGAAGAUUUCAGGUGGCUGAGGGAAUAGGAGCACCAUAGUGCACAUUGAAGAAUGGUAGAUUUCAAAAACAAAGGGAUUUUUUCCAUACUUCCUUAAACUCAGCAUUAAUUUUUCCUGUGAUUGUUUGCUUCAGGGUGUAAGUGUGGAGAAUUGCAUGUACACAAGGGAGGAUAAAGUUCCCUGCAUUUGUACAUUCUUUUUCUCUGCAGCGAAGGGCUUCCUUCCCUCAUGCUACUUUAUUUUGCAUAUUUUCCGUUUCCCCCGCCUUUGUUUUUUUCAGUUGUCCACCUCUGUAUGUAAGAGAGGUGCUGAGGUUGUGUCAGGGCAGCGAAGAGCAGUGGGAAGCACCCAGAGGCCAGUGAUGCAUGAUCCAUUUUCCCAAGGACAGUGGCACUGCUGGCCCUGCAGAGCCCCACAGCCAUCUCCCAGGGUGCCACAAACCCAGGAGUUCAGCAAGGCUGGCGAGCCUCUGAAGAGAUGGGGUGCAGUAUGUGCAGCCUUCCCCCUGAGGGGCAGGAGGAUGUUCCUUGUGCUGCUCUAUUCAGAGAGGUCUGGACAGUGAUGGCCACUCUCCAAAGUUGCCGUAAGCCAGCAGAAUGAGAGAAUGUGGGGAAAGAAGAGCAAGUGUUAGUGGUUCCUUCAGCACAGAUUUGUGUGGUACCUGCAUGCCCAAACAUCCACCCUGUCACUUCUGUAGUGGGUUUAUGUCCUGAAAAUGAGGCUUUUCCAUUGCAGCAGCAUUGGGGGGGUUGUUUUGCUUGUGUGGAUUUAUUAUUUCUAUCUGGGUUCUGCCAUCCUGUUCUGAACAGACGGCGCUGGGAGCUGAGUUGACUUUUUGGCAUGCGUUGUGACCCCUGGUGAUUCACGGUCCCCAACAUCUGUGAUUAGACCUUGAACAGAAACUUUUCAUGCAUGCCCAUGGUAGAGGAAACUUGCUCUUUUUCUGAGUAACUGGUAGAAGAACAAAAGGAGGUUUAUUUUAUUUUAGCUGUAAAGGUGUACCUUAAAUUAAGUAAACUGUUCCCUGAGGGAGAAAGUGUCCAGGUACAGAAUGUUCACAAAGGAAAUAUUCAAAGUGUCUGCUGUGUCCCUGAAGUGUUUGUUUUAAAGUAUGAGGGCCAGAGCAAAAAAUAGAAGAUUAUUUUCUAAUUUGAAAGCAAAAAUACCUCUUGCAGGUGACAGAAAAUAAAUUGACCUUCUUUGGUCUUGGCACUGCAGCCCAUUAAGUGCCCAAGCGCCGGGGAGCCCUGGAGAAGCUGCCAUUGCCGGGAUGGCUCCGGUGCCAGCGCACAGCUCGGCCCGUGUCCGAGGCAGCCCCGCUGUGUGCAAACUGUCACUGUUCCACCAGCAAAGGAGUCGUGUCUGUGGGAAUCUGAACUCUGCUGAGCUUUAUGUGAGGUAGGGUAAGAGCAUUGUCAUUGGUGCUUCAGCAAUGGAGGAUCCACGCCUGGACUUUAUGGGGUUAUUUUUGUGGCUUCUUUUGCUGUCGUGAAGCAGCACUUCUGCAUCAGUCCCAAGUAAAGCCUUGUGAUCCAAUGGUGAUAGCAUCUACCUUGUCAUGGGCUUUUCUGAGGGCCAAAAUGAGCUUCUCUGAUGUCAGCCAACUUAACUAAUGUCCCUGUGUUCCUGGCUUGGUAGACCUUAGAUGAAGAUUUAACUUUUUUGUUUUACCUCCUCACUGACUUGGAAAUGUGCAUUAUAUUAACUCAUGCAUCGCUGUCAAUAAAUGUAACAGUAGAAUGCUUUUCAGUAAAAGGCCAGCCUUGCCUUUGAGUAUAAUUUUUUGUUUCUUUUGAUAAGCAAGGAUAUAGUUUCAUGUGUUUUUUACUACUUGCUGUGAAAGUGGAAGAGAAAGAAAGGCUGUUGGUUGGGUGGUGGUAUUCUCCACAGAGUUUUCGUUCUGUUUCAGAACAAAACAGUUCAAUGUGCUAUUUUCAUUGCUCCCAUUUCUCUUUGCAUUGCAGUGUUUCCAGGAACACUGUGUUUAUUUGGAAGAUUGUUUGAUAAUGGAAACAUCUCACUGCUGUUUAGGUGAGGAGUUCCCUAUUCUGGCUUAUCAAGGAUGUGGUGGUAGGCACACCAAGCUCUUCCAUACUCAUUAAGGUGCAAUAAAAAGCCCAAGUUACAGAAUCAUCUCAAAGGUGCAAGGACUGAGUGUGGCAUUCCUACAACCAGCUGAAUUUAGUGCUUUGAGGAAAACCCAUAGACUAAAGUAUUUUUUGAGUUCUGACAGUAUCUAGACACUGAGUGAACAUUAACAGUAAUAUUUAAUUUUAGUGGAAUUGGUAUAAAAUUGGAGGUCUUGAUUUUGCAAGCACAAUUUCUCUAGUGCUGUGCCUUGAGGGCAUCCAUCCAUCCAUCCAUGAUGGGUCUGAGCUUUCAUUCACCAUAACUUGCAAAACUAGGUAAAGCACACUGCAGCCUGGCAGUGUAGGGCUGAGCUUGGACUCAGGAGAGCCAGUCCUCAGUUCCAUGGUCACAUGCUGGUGGUUUGAGUGGAAGAGGAGCAUGGAUAGCAUCACAUAUGAUAAAAAACCGGCACAGCUGGAACUUAACCUUGGGAAAACUCCAGUGUGUCUGCAGUAUCCCUGUUCCUCUUCAGGCAAAGGGAAUAGCUGCUGUUCUUACUCACUGGACUGUGAGUUAGGGCAACAGCACUUCUGUUUCCCAGCUGAGCAGUUGUGACCCAGAAAUUCCAUUAAAAAAAGUAAAUGAGGAACCCACCUUGGCACUUCUGAGUCAUUUUUUCUUUAAAAAAAAAAAAAAAAAAAGGAGAGAAAAAAAAGAAGAAGAAAAUCUCUUUUAAAUAGCAUCAUUUACACUCGGGAGCUGCUUGAAUCCGUCCUGUCACAUAAAUUACCAUUUCUGAACUCGGCUGUCAGGAAGUGUCCUCACAAGUUGACAUCCAUGGGGGCUGUCAGUGGAAGGGGAUCAGUUUCAUGGCAAGCAGGAGGAAUUCAAGCGUCAGGCGAAAUACACUCGUCCUCAUGUUACCUCAAGCGGUCAGGGCAUUUUAGUCCCGCCAGAGGCGAGCCCUGGUGUGACCUUUGCUCCUCAGACUGCCCUUGUUCCCCUGCACUUUGGGAGCUGUACCGGUGGGGCUGACAUCUGGAGCAAGCCCCGUCCUCCUGCAGCUCAGGCAAUUAGAGCCUGGCCCAGCAAGUGGCCCUGGAGCAGAGGCUUCAGGGAUAUUGUAGUUUCUUUACAGGGAUAAAGGCCACAGGCUUUUCUCUCUGCUCUGCUGCUUUCUCCAGCUUUGAUGCGGAUGCCGUUGAAAUGAGAUUGGCUCCUCUGGUAGUGGAGGAGCUGAGCCCUGCCAGACGGAUCUGGCUUGCUGGGAAGGGUUCAAAAGGCAGCACCUACCCUUUGUUGUAUUUCCUGCACGCUAACGAAGCCCCUGAUUUCUGGAGCUACUUUUAAUCCUUGUAGGUUGUAUGUUGGUUUUGGCAUAGAUGCUUUUUUUUUUUUUUUUAAUUCCUCUCAUUUGAAAUAUACAGGAGAACAAAGGGAAUAAAAUGCCAGUCACCCUACACCCUCCCCCCAAAAAGGGUAAAAGAAGGGAAUUGUAAGGGUGCGUUCUGGUGAGAACAGUUGUUUGCUGCCAGGGGUUGGAACCGGGAGAGCUGAAGCUCUGUGUUGUCAGCGGCGGGCUCCUGUCUGAGGUGCGCUGUCCUUGGGCUGUGCGUGGGAGCCUCGCUGCAGCAGUGUGCAGCGCUCGCUGUGAUGUCAGCCCUGCAUGCAUGCGUUUCCAGCCUUCCCCGUGACCACAUGGAGAGGGAUUUGCAGCAAUCCAAACGCUGACAGAACUGUAUUUGUUGACUUGCAGAAAAGCCUAACUCGUGCUCCUCUGGGCUGUGAUCAUGUAAGCCGAAACACGAUGACUGCUGCCUAUGCUUGCUGGCCUCCCAGUCCUGGUAAACCUGUGAAGCAGAUUCAUUUAUUUAGGCCCUGAUUCAGCAAAGCACUUAAGUACAUGCUUCAGAUUUUCUUUCCAGAAAGACUGUUGGCAUGCUCAGAGUUAAGCAUGUGCUUAACUGCUCUCCUGAGUGCCCAGCAAACAAGUGAUGGGGCAGUGUGUGUGCUGCUGCAGUGCUCUGCCAGGUGCCUUGCAGGCUGCAGAAUUGCGGUAUGAAAAAUAUAUUCAUUAAUUUGGCUCCCUCCAGUACAGGAGCUCUAGUGCCAGGGUCUGAGAUGAGUCAAUCCUUCUGCAGGGAGGUGGGGUUGUUUCCACAGCACAGAAAAUUUCUUGUCUCUUGAAUGCUGCACAGAUGAGUGUGCCCUUCUGCAGGGUGUGGAGCAGGGGCAAUUUCCAUCAGUGGGUUUGUUUCCUCCUCCACGAGUUGCAAAGAAAAAUAUCCACCGUGUUACAUGCGUCUAAAUGUUUUGAUAUUUGUAGGUUAAUGUUCUGUAGAAUUAAUUUGAUUUAGCUUUUAUUAACAUGACGCCCUGCAUUUUGAGGACUGAGCAGUUUAGUGCAGCCAUGUACCUAUGGGCAGCGUGUGAUCCUGAGCUGCAUGGCUUGAGAGCAGGAUCAACAUUUGGUUUGUUACAUUGGGAUUUCCUGAGGUUCAAGGGCUGAGAUAGGCAAAUGUUACUACGCUCUUUGGACAUCGUGGUGUUUGGUGUUACUGUGUGUUAAGUCAGACCUAUCAUAUUCUGUCCCCAGCAUUGAGAGACCCUCACUUCCUUUGGGAGUGUGAAGCUAUGGAAUAGGCACUUAAUCCACAAGAUGGUUGUAUUUCAGUCUGCUCAGAAGAACUUCUGAGAGUGCAUUCUUUCUAAUCCCCACCCAUAUCUGACCUGUUCUAGCUCGUUCUUAAGAGCUGCACCCAGCUAGUCCUUAGCUCCCUGCAGAAGGUUUGUGCCCAUCUUUUCCUUUCCUUUGCUUUCUGAGCUCAUUUGAACAGGGAGCCCACGUAUCAGUGAAUGGCAUUCCUGUAUAAAUUUGCCCUGUUUGUAGAACUGGAAUUUAUUUAGAGCAGCUCUUCUUUAGGAAACCCAAAAGACACGAGCAUGGUUAGGUGUGCCUUUUUUCCUUUUCUUUGAAGUUUAAAACAUGCUUAGCAAAUAUGACGUUUGCAGUCUCUGUUCCCCACCUGAUGUGCAAAAAUGCAAAGGUCCUUCCAGAAGCAUGGGUCAGACCAAGCUUUGUGCUGAUGCCUCAAGCUGGAUUGCAGGGAUCUGGGCAGGUUUUGUUAUCAACUUGAGUCUAAUUAAGCCUAGAAAGUACUUGCAGUGUAGGUUUAAUGACUGUUGUUUUUUUCUAAAUUGAAAUAAUUCGAUCUGUGAAUCAAACAGCCUCUGUGCCCCACCCCCUGCUGCUGAUGACAGCCUCUUCCCACACUUCUUCCUUGGUAGCAUUGUUUCCAUUGUUUCCAGCUCCAGUAGGUUUCAGUUACUGAUCAGUGUAAUUGCAAUAACACACCAAUAAUGAAAGAGGAAUUUAAGCUUCCUUUUUUUGUAGUUGAAGGCUCUUCUCCUACGAAAGCUUGAAAUCUUAAUAGCAGUCACACAGGCAGCAUCCCGCGCCUGUCAAAUGUUUGCAGAAGUGGACGGUCGUACUUUAGGAAGAUAAAGGGCUGGAUUUUGGGAACUUGGAAACAGCCCAAUCCUAUCAGGCGGCAAUGGUACAGCUAAUAUUAGAAUGGGAGACUCUAGAGACAGCUUAACAUUUUAGUGGAUGCCAAGGAAGCCUUCAACUGGAAUGCAUUGAAAGUUGUUUGUUGUAUAACACGAGUUGCUGGAGUCAGAGUAAUUCGAGUUGCCUUUGGUCUGGUGGAGAACUACAGCUGUUGCUGAAAAGUGCCUUUCCUGAAGCCACCGCUGCUUGGAUUUCUGUCUAGGGCUGCCUCUCUCUGCCCCUCGCCCCCCUCUCUGUUUAAUUCGGCGUUGCUUGCAGUCCGUGCCCUGACGGCGGCUCCUCCAGCCUUGCCCUUUUUUUUUUUUUUUUUUUUUUUUUUGCUCCCCAUUUACACGCAGUUUGCUCAGCCAUUUUAUUUUUUUUCCUUCCCCCGACUAUGUAGCAAAUAUUUAAAAGAAAAGAAAGAGGAAAAAAAAAUCAGACAUCCUUUUGCCUGUUUUGAUGCUCGUGAACCAUAAUUUUUAGAAGCAAGAAAUAGAAGGAAAAAAAAAACAAACCCGAAGUUUUCUCCCCAAGGACCGAGACCAUUCCACAAACUGAAGUGCUGCCAGCAGCAUAUGCUUUUUGCAAGAAUAAUUGAAACCAUUAACUGGAGAGCACAGAAUUCUUUUGAAAGUCUGCCAGUUAUUUGCAAGUAACUUUGGCAGUGGCACAAAAUAUAACACUUGUAUUUUAACUUCUACAAUUGCACUUUUAGGAGCUGGCCUCUAAUUUGAUUUUCAGUUGUUCUGAUAAGAUUUCUAUUUUAUGAUUGGCUUUAUGUUUAAUUCUUGUUUAAAGAAACACGAUUUGACUUAAAUGAAAACCUAAGUGCUGAUGAAUAGGAGUUCUACCAAAGCAACAAGUUAGUUAUUUCUUCACGUUUAACUUGAAUUCACUUUUUUACCCUUUUUUUAAAAAAAAAAGAAGAAAAAGAAGAUCAGCAGUAAAUAUUACCCUGAGGAAGGGUGCGAUUGCUUGCAUUUUGAUUUUUGUUUUUUAAUAUGGCUGUAAACGUUUCCCUGGUUCGUGAUACAAAAUGGCUGACGUUAGAAGUGUGUCGAGAGUUUCAGAGAGGGACUUGUUCUCGGUCUGAUGCAGAGUGCAAGUUCGCCCAUCCGUCACGGAGUUGCCAUGUGGAAAAUGGUCGAGUUAUUGCCUGCUUUGACUCCCUAAAGGGCCGGUGUACCCGAGAGAACUGCAAAUAUCUCCACCCUCCCCCACAUUUAAAAACACAACUUGAAAUAAAUGGACGCAACAACCUGAUCCAGCAGAAGACGGCCGCAGCCAUGUUUGCUCAGCAGAUGCAGUUCAUGCUCCCAGGCGCGCAGCUACAGCCAAUUACAACGUUUCCUGUGACUCCAUCGCUUGCAACAAGCCCCACAAUGGCUUUUAGUCCCUACCUGAGUCAUGUUUCUCCGGGGAUGGGCUUAGUUCCUGCAGAGCUUUUACCAAAUACUCCUGUCCUGGUUUCUGGAAAUCCUACUGUUACAGUACCGGGAGGCUCUGCUGGGCAGAAACUGAUGCGUACGGAUAAACUGGAGGUUUGUCGAGAGUUUCAGCGUGGAAAUUGCACACGUGGUGAGAAUGAUUGCCGCUAUGCUCACCCUAUAGAUAUUGCAAUGAUAGACACAAAUGAAAAUACUGUUACAGUUUGCAUGGAUUACAUCAAAGGUCGAUGCUCUAGGGAGAAAUGCAAGUACUUUCAUCCCCCUGCACACCUGCAAGCCAAAAUCAAGGCAGCUCAACACCAGGUGAACCAGACAGCUGCAGCUGCAAUGGCCCUGCCGCCUGGUGCACUUCAACCUUUACCAAAGAGGCCAGCACUUGAAAAAAACAAUGGUGCCACCACAGUCUUUAACCCAAGCGUUUUCCACUACCAACAGGCUCUAGCCAACAUGCAGUUGCAACAGCCUACAUUCAUCCCUACAGGGUCAGUUCUGUGCAUGACACCCACUGCAAGCGUUGUGCCCAUGAUGCACGGUGCUACGCCCACCACUGUGUCUGCAGCAACAACUCCUGCCACCAGCGUCCCCUUCGCUGCAACAGCUACCGCCAAUCAGAUAUCCCAGUUAUCAGUAGAUGAACUGAGUAGCAGCAUGUUUGUUUCACAGAUGUAGAAGUUCCCGAUAGAACACAGACCAUGUUGAAAUUCUGAACAGUAAAAUUAUGGAGCACCAGGACUUCUUGGUGGGAAGCUGCGCAUGGCCUUUCUGUAUAUAUUCCCCUCUUCCCUCUAUCAUUCUCUACCACCUCUACAGUAAGCCUGUUGCAGCCUACAUGUUAACCAAAAACUGAUCAAUGGGAAUGUCAAAAAAAAAAGAAAAAAAAAAAAAAGCACUAUAGAAACAAUUAACAAACAGCGCUCUGUUAUAUGAGAUAUACAAGUAGGAAAUUAUAAUAGACUUUUAUAACACAUUACUUUAACACACUUAAUCAUUUUAUGACUACCAUCAUGAUAAGUGCAUCUGCACAGCGGACUGUUGGUUUACUGUAUACUAUCGAUGGAUAAAUGUUUGUCUUGUUUUUAAAGUGUUAUCUUACUGUUUUGUUUACAUCAUAGUCUAUUGAUUUGUUUUAAAGUGUACAUCAUUAUCAAGUAUACUCAGUACCAUUUUUUCAUUAUUGUUAUGUCUUAAGUUUUCAUAUACUGUAGGUUUUAUGGGGUUUUGUUUGUUUUUUACUAAAAAUGUUAUUGUGGGAAACAGGAAUUAUGUGCUUGAAAAACACGACACAGAAUGUUCUGCCCUUUGCUGGAUUUUGCUGUUAAUGUCAGCCUAAGUUGCUUAUGUUAAAUGCUCCUUUUAUCAUUUAAAACUUGCCUUCAGAUAGUCUCCAAAUUUUUAGUACAAGUGAUGUGAAAGGAUAGCUAUCAUUUUAGUCCAGUUCAGGGUUCUUCUUUCAAUACAAUGAGCUCAUUCUGGAAACUUUUGGGGAAAAAAAAAAAACAAAAAAAAAACCCACAAAAGCCCAGGCUCAGUAAGGGGACAGGAACAAUUUGCUCAGACAGGGGUAAGCAUCAAGGGAUUUCUGCAGCUCUGUUGUCCAUUGAAGUGCAUUCUCAGCUGCAAACGGCGCACAAUCUCUCUCGCUGUUCUCAUGGUGCAGUUGAAACAAACAACAAAAAAAGUGGUGGUGGAGUGAGACAGCUUCAGUUGGGCAAAAGCUCAUUGCAUUGGAGAGGAGCGGGUGCCAGCCGUUGGCUGGGAAGGGCCCGGGGCCGUGGCUCAGCCCAGGCUGGGUAGCACCAAGCCCUGGGGCUUGUCUCCACCAAGCAUGCUGAUACAUUUUGGCCUGAAAUCUUAUAUGUGUCUCUUGUUGAAAUUUUGUCAGCAUGCCCCAUUUAUUUAAUCACCGUUUUCCAUAAGUGGGUGAUUAUUUCCCCCAUCCCCGUGAUCUCUGGCCCUUUAAAUCAAACACAGCAGUAACAAAGCAGCAAAAAGCUCAGCAUAAGCUUUCUGCUGAAGAUAAACAUUUGUCUUAAUGGAGUUCCUGUCGGUCAGUGGAUUUAUAUUGGCACCUUCUACUUGAUCAAGAGCAAUGUUUGUUGCACAACAAGGGCUAGUUCUCAAUACCUCCUUUUCAUACGCACGAAUAAAACCAUUUCAGCCCGUGCACCCUGGACAGCCUCGCCUGUCGUUAUGCUGCGUUGCUGAACAAUCUGGCUGCAGAAAUGCAUUUUGGUUGAGGAUACUGCCAAAUUCAUCCCUAUCAUAGCUCUACAGUAUCGUUGGCAUUAUAGAAGAGGUGGAUUUGCUGCUGUAAAUCCAUAAACUCCAUACAGGGAGAAAGAGAAUCAAGCAAGAGACCAGCUCACAGUGUCUGGAGGGGCGACCACCCCGAGCUCAGAGUGGUCCUGUAGAGUGCCAAAUUCAGACACCAGAUUUUCUUCUCUUUUCCCAGUUCCUUGGCCUUGGUUAGAUAUUCCUUGCCACCCCUCCUGCAGUAUGAGCACAGACAGUUUGCAAGAUGUGUAUCUCCAUGGGCCACGAGUGGUGGUGGCACACCCGGGGCACAGCCUGUGUGCCCCAGGGCAGGCUCUGCCCAUCUGCCCGUGGAGACUCACUCAUAGAAUGAACCUUGAGGAGCCCAGCUCAAGAAGGCCUUGUCUUUUUGUUCAAUUCAGCAGACUUUGAACCAAACCCUGAUAGAAAGGGGAAAAAACAUCCCCCCAAGACCUCCUUUAUGGACCCUGAGUUUUGACAGUCGCUUGUGUCCGUGGAUGUUCUCCAGCAUCUGUGCUCACAAGCAGCGGGGUGAAAUCAGUGACUCUCAUUUGUAUUGGUGACCACAUACCUGUUCUUUUCACCACUGUGUUUCUGUUUCCCAAGACCAUAACAUUGUUAGUGGAAAAAGUGGAUUUGAGUACUUCCUGUUUGAAAUUAUUUGUGUAUCAAAAAUGGGUUUUGCACAACCUGUGCCAGUGCCUCAACAAAGAACAGAGCUGAUCUUCUUAAGCCAGAAAGGAUGCAUUCAAGCUUGUAUGGCUUUAUGAGUUCGAGGAGGUUGAAAUUUUUUCAGUGCUAAAUGGAUUUUUGUAUAUCUUGAAACUUUGAUGUAACCUCCUAUUUUAUUUAUCGACUUAAACAUCUGGCAUAGAUGUGCAUAGAAUGUAAACCUAGAAUACAGCUGUUUUCAUGUCACAUUUAAAGCACUGAAAAAAAAAGGCGUUUAAGGAUUAUUUUUUAUUAAAGAGGUCCAAUGAGGGAUGUUCAGGGUAGUUAUAUUAGGUGCCACAACAGUUUUUAUAUUGCUGGCAAAUUUAGAGUUAAUUUGUAAAUGAGUUUAAGGAAAGAAAAGCUUGAAGCACUAAACUUCACCAAAUUCAAAACAAUCUCGGCAAAAAUGCCAUUUUGAGGUAGCACUAUUUAAACUAGUUGUGCAAUGACUUGCUCUAAUUUUCUUUGUUCAAGAAAGAAAAGAAAAAAAAACCAGUCGCCAGACUAUAAAUUUCCUAAAUAGACUAUUACAAAGUCACCGAGCUAGUUAGUGACUCUAAACAAAUGUCAUAAAAGCAUGAAUAUCAUCCUUUAUUUGACAAGAGAUGUAUGUAAGUUUGUUUAAAUCAAUAUAAUUUUAGUGACAUUUUUAUAAGCUUCCCACUUUCCAUGAACCUAUAUUUUUUAUUUAUCCAAAGUUAUUUCUCUUUGUCCAUUUCUCUCAGCCUUAUGCAAACAAUAUGCAAGAAAUGCUGAAACUUGGAUAAAACGGGUCAUGCAGAGGGAAAAUGAAAGCUGAGAUUGAUCAUUUUCACGAAAAAAGGUUGUUAGUAGUUUCAAUAAAAAGUACUACUACUAAACUGUAACAUAAGCAGACAAUAAAAGAGGGAUUUAAAAUAAAAUGGAUUCAUAAAACUAUUAAGAUUAUUUUUGUUAAAUACAGUGUUUUUAGUAAUUUGGAACAUGAUUUCACAAUCAGCCGUGUUUUUUAGUUGGAAAUUUUUAGCCGAUGAUUUUUGACUGUGUAUUUUUGCAUCGCAACGUUCUAGAAGCCGUUACCUCCCCGGGCAGCCCGCGCAGGUUCCCGACGCGCUUCUCCUGCGGCCGCCGCCCCGCUCCGCGCCCGGGCGCUCCCCAGGGCUGGGCCGGGGUCCCGCCGCUGCUCCCGCUGUCCCCCGAGCGGGGACCCUGCGGAGCCGGCACCGAGCCGGGCGCGCCUCGGUGGCACGGGUGGCCGGAGCGUGUGCCGGCGACGUCCCCCGGCCCGGCUGGGGCUGGCGCCGGCGCGGUAGGAGUAGCUCUAGGACACGCCGGGUACACAAGGAUUGAGAAACUGGAGUCCUCGUUUUGUUUAUCCCUUGUACAUUUCACAGACAUGAAAAUUGAAAAAGGUGAAAUUUAUGAGGAAAAUCUAAUUUCCCAUUCCUGUUGAAUGGAUUUAGUUUGAUAUUGACCUGAUUUUACCAUGUGCCUGUUGAAGGCCUUAGAGUAUAUACUGUAUGUUAAAGACUGUAAUAACUUUAAAAAAAAAUAGUUGAUAGCCUAAUCCAAAUGUAAAUAGAGCUACAACUCAUUGUUACUAGGCUACAACGCAUUAAUUCAUGUCAUAUAUUUUCAUUUCUCUACCAUUAGUUUUUAAGGUUUUCAUUAUUGCUUUUUUUGAUAUCUUUAGUAACUAAUGAAUUUAAUUUUGAAGGAGAGUUAGAGAAAGUUUAAAAUUUUUAAUACAUGUAUUCAGCCCAUUUAGUUAUAUUCUAAACCAACACUGAAGCAUGGUAAGGUAUAGAAUACAGUCCAUAACUAGUUUGUAUAGUUUACAGUUUAAGAACAAAAUUAACUUUGUAUGUAACUCCUACAAUGAUAGAUUCAUUGUUAACUAAUUAUAUUAAGUUGUUGUUGCUAUGGCAACAAAACUACAACAUGGCUACCUUUGUAUACAUUAUUUGUGAAAUUUUCACAUGUAAAUUAAAAGUGAUGUGUAACAGUAUGAGCUUGUUAAAGGUACAGUUCGAUACUGUCAGAUAAAGAUAUGAUUGAAUAUUUUUAAAAUCCCAAAGUCCCAUGUGAACGCUGAAUUUGUGUCUUUAAGGUCACUUUUUCAGUCAAGAAGUUUACAACACAUGGAUUUAGAGUCAGGUUUUAUAGCUUGUAGAAAUUGUUGUGUGGCAAGGGUUAUUCCACAGUAUUUUCACUUCGGAAACACAGCAGCCUGUAUUUACAGCGUAGUGACCGGUCUUGCUUUCAUUUCACAUCCAUUCACACGGUGGGAAUUCAGAAUUAAUCAGUUUCAGUACUGUAGCUUUGCCUGCAAUUUUCUUUUCUCCAGAAGUUGAACACUCACACGAUUACGUUACGAUCAGGGCUAAAUAAUUAAGCAUAUAACUAUUUUAAUACUAAUUUAUAUUAGCAAAAACUGUACAUAAGAAAAAAAAUAUUGUGGAAUGACCCCGUAACAGUGUUGAAGAUACAAAUAUGCUGCAGUUAAACUGAUUCAGUUAGUGUACGAAUGUGUGAGACACACCUUUUUUGCACUUAUGUACAUAGUCCACGAAAGAAAUCCUUGGAACUUAUUUUGAAUAUAAAAAGUCUGUAAUAAUACAGGAAAAGUUUGUAAAAGAGAUAGGUAUUACUAAGGCUUUGAAAAGGAGGAGUUUUUUGCUAUAAAACUUAUCUGAAAGCAUGAUGUUGCUUUGCUGUUGUAAAAGCUUUGUAGUUUGCCAUAGCUUAUUAUACAGCAGACUGAUAACAGGUCAGCUCCAACCUGCAGCACAGAGAAUGGGAAACGGUGUGGAAUUAAUUAGUAAGGUCACUAGCAAAGAUUCAAAUUACUUUUUUUAAUCAGCCUACAUUUUCAAACACACCCCAGGUCAUGUUUCUGAUAGGUUGUGUUCUCGGUGAAUCCUAUUAGGACUGGUAGGUCUAUGGUAGCACACACACAUUUUUCCUAGCACCUAAUCCUAUUUCUGUCUUGAAGUGUUUAUCUGUGGGAGGUGACUGUCAUUGUGGUAAGUGUUUUAAAUCCCAGAGUGAAUUUGAAAUGUCACAACUUCUUGAUUUAUUUUUUUUAACCUUUUGGGGCAAGGUAACAAAAUGGAAGGAGCUGGGGAACCAUAGAUGGGCAGGGAUGAGUUGGGAUUGUCUGGGACCAGUUCUUUCUGCUGUGUGACAGCCAUGGUGUGAUUUGAGAGGCACAAGGUAGUGCUGCUGGGACAGGGAGGUGGAGGCUGGUGGCAUUGUGGCCAGCUGGGUGCUCCAGGCUGGGACUAACAAGCCCCUUUGAGUUGCCACCAAAGGACAGCAAAGCUGUGGCCCCUCAGUGAGCAGCCUCUUGUUCCUGUUUGUGUUGGUACUGCUGGGACUCUGCAGUGCUGGGGGAUUUUGGAGCAGCUGAAGUGCCUGUGUUGACUCAUUUAUUUUUGAUUGGAACAAGUUUCGGGUUUUGUUGGAUUUUUUUAAGUUGGCUCUUUUGUUUUUUGGGGGUUUUUUGUUUUGUUUUUGGGGUUUUUUUUGUUUGUUUGUGGGGUUUUUUGGUUGUUGUUUUUUUGGUUUUUUUUUUUUUUUUUUUUUGGCAAAACCCAAGCCCCAGUUUUGCUUCAGAAAAGGAACUGGUCUUGCCAUGAGUCUGGUCCUGACUCGAGCGGUGAGGCAAGUCUCCCAGAGCAGAACUGGUGGGAGGUGGCAUCUGAUGUGACUGUCACCCUUUGCUGGAUGCCCCAGGGCUGGGGGCUGAGCUGUUGCUGCCAAGGCCAAGAGCUGUUCCUUGGCCAGCAUUCCCAACCCCUGGCGAUGCCAGUGUGUGCCCAGGCAGCCCACUCUGCAGCACGGAGCUGUGCAAGCGGUGGUUUGCUGAACUGGAACAGCCCCAGGCUCUUUAAAAUGAGGGAAAAUCAGAUAUUGCUGCUCUCCGUGGUGUUAUGUAAUAACCUAGAUUGUAAUACAAAAUAAUCAGCUAGUUCAAGCCACCACACGAUUACGGCUUCCCUUUGCCAUCAUCAGUUUCUAUAAUCAAGUUCUUUCUCAUUUCUAGGAUUAUGAGAGAAAAAUAUUUUGCACUAUGUGAAAUGAAUCAUAGCUGGUCAAACUUUGUUCGGGGUAUGAGCACGAUCAUGACAACACUGCUAAAAUCUUUGCUAGUGAUCUUUACUGACAUCCUCUAUCAUCAAAAAUAACUCUAUAUGCCUCUCAAAGGAGAUAUUUAAACAUGCAAAAUAACACAACUGUUAAAUAAAAUGAAGUUAUUUUUCCAAACACACAACAGAGAGAAUUACCUGACACCGAAUUACAAGGUUCCAGUUCUUUAUUACUGUACACAGAUGCUAUUUGAUAGUGGUGGAAGCCAAAUGAUUUUGUUGCCAUGGCUUUUGUAUCCUAGCAGAUGAGGGGAUGAUAAGACCAUUCUUAGAUUGGAUUAUGGGAUUUUUUUUUCUUUCCAAUUAGCUUUGUUUUAAUUUUUUUUUUUUAGAUCAUGAAAAUGAACCGACUCCUCACCCUUUAUUACAUCACCUGACAAAAGAUCACUAUUUUUUUUUAUAAAUAGAGAAUUGUAUUUUAGGCAAUCACUAAAAUCAAAGAGAGAAUGUUCUCCUAAAUUGUCAAUUUUUAAUUUAAAUAUAUAAAAACAUUUAUACUGUACUGUGUAAAGUAGAUCUUUGAAGCACAUUCUUCUUUUCAUAGGCAUUUCUGGUAAAAACAAUGUAAGGGAAACAUUAGAUAUCAAUUUAAUGGAAUAGUUUAGAAAAUAUAUACAAAUGAUUACACUUAGCCCUGUGGAAUUGUAAGAAAUUAAAAUAUCAUUGGAUCCAGACAGGCGUAGGUUAAUGCAGUAUUUCAGUUCCAUAACAGGAUAGUUCAUUCCCUCAACUGCUACCAACAGGGUGUACGCUUUGAAUUUAUGUUUCUUUUUGCCACAUUAUAUUGCUGUAGUGCUUGUACGUGCUUUAGAAAUGUGCAUAAUGCUACUCAUUUUAGUAUGUUACUUCUAUAUUGUUAUUGUUUAUUUUUUGAUCUUUUAAUAAAGUGUAUAAAAUUCUUGGUUAUGUUUUUUAUGGAUCCAUAUCUACACAUUAAUAGGAGUUUACUUUAAAAACUUUUCAAGUUCCAGUUUAUUAGUCCCAAACUUCAAAGAUUCUGAUGUAAAAAUAAUAACUAAUGAAUUUGAAUCAAUGUUAUAUCUGAAGUGUAGAUCAACAGAAUAAAUUUCUUUCCAGAAAAUACCUGCAGUAUUUUGAAUUCUGUAGCCAGUGCCUCCUUUUUACUGGAUGCAUUCGGCCUAUCAUAUUAAAGUUACUAACACAAGACAGACAUUUGUAUUUUAGAAAAAUAAAAAGUAAAACUUUCCAGA